CUCUCCAACUCGAGGAGGACACGCACGUCGCCGUCGCAGGGCUGGCUACGCAAAAAUCUCUCUCUCUUCCUCCUCCUCCUCCUCCGCCUCUCUCCUCCUCCCGUGCUCCGGCAAUGGCGUACCGGGUGCUGGAGCUGACGCUCGUCUCCGCGAGCGACCUCAAGAAGGUGACCCUCUUCUCCCGCAUGCGCGUCUACGCCGUCGCCUGCAUCUCCGGCAGCAACGUCCCCAUGCCCAUGCACGGCACCCAUGCCGACCGCAGGGGCGGCCGCAGCCCCUCCUGGAACACCGUGCUCCACCUCCCCAUCCCCGCCCACGGCGCCGACACGCGUGGCCUCGCCCUCCACGUGCAGCUCCGCUGCAACCGCGCCUUCGGCGGCCACCGCGACGUCGGGGACGUGUUCGUGCCCCUCGACGAUCUCCUCGCCGGCGCGCAAGGCGGCGGCGGCGCCGAGCCGAAGUCCGCGAGCUACCAGGUGCGCCGUCCCAUGUCCGGCCGCCCGCACGGCGUGCUCUACUUCUGCUACAGGAUCACCGACGUCAAGCCCGCCCUCGAAGCAGUCGACGCCGCGAGCGCGGCAUCCACCACGGAAGCGCAGUACGCCAUGUACGUGCCAGACUCAGAAAAGGCGAUGGAGAAGAGCAUGACGCCGGUCACCGCCUACCCGCCGCCGAACGCCGCGGCGGCAGCGUACCCGCCGGUGGCUCCGUACGGCGCGCCGUACGGGGGAGGGUACCCACCACAGCAGCCGUACGGCUACCCGGCUCCGCCACCACCGUACGCGUACAGCGCGGCCCCACCGCCGGCGGCGACGUACGGCUACGCGGGGCCGCCGCAGCAACAGCCGGCGAGGCAGAAAGGUGGGAGCAUGGGCAUGGGCCUCGGCCUGGGGCUCCUCGGCGGCGCGGUCGGCGGGAUGAUGGUUGGGGAAAUGGUCGGCGACAUGGAGGCCGACGCGGCCUACGACGCCGGGUUCAAUGAUGCACUGGAGUUUUAGCUCUCGCCAUGUCAUCCUGUAUUCGCGUGCAUGGGUAAUGCACCUGUAUAAAAGAGUUGUCACGUUCAUAAGAUCCUUGGCUACCCGUGGUCACCAAUUUUGCUUACAGAAAGUCUAGACGACGUCCUCCCGUCCGGACAGGAAUCCAUUAAUGA